AUCCAAAAUUAAAGAAUCUGAGCAAAAGUUCAACUUGAAUUGAAUUUUCUACCGCGGGAUUUAGCGCAUAUAUUUUACAUUACAUCUACACUAUGUCAUAUCUGAUCUAUCGAUAAGCGAUAACUCAUCCUAAACUUGCACAGCUCUGGUCACACUUAUCCAACACAAGCCAAGCCAAGUCAAGCUAAGGAAAGUUUUUUGUUUCGUUUUGCAAGUUGCAGUUUUGUCGCGUUUUAAUUUGAUUUUACAAUCGCACAACUAUGUCCAUUCAGAACUUCUGCAGUCACGAUCCCUUUGCGGAUAUUUGCAAUGAUAUGCAUGAGCGGCUGGUGCACAUCAGAAUCCAGCAAAGAAAUGGCCGCAAAAUGCUAACCACCGUCCAGGGCCUGUCCACGGACUACAACUUGAAGGAAAUUGUGCGCGCUUGCAAGCGGAAAUUCGCGUGCAAUGGCACGGUAAUCGAGCAUCCGCAAUAUGGUGAAAUCAUACAGCUGCAGGGCGAUCAACGUGAGAAAAUGUGCCAGUGGCUGGCCCAGGUGGGAUUGACCAGAACCGAGCUGCUGAAGGUGCACGGCUUUUAGGCGUCGUCCGUGUCCGCCCUUUUGACGAGUUCCAAUUAGUUAUAAGAAGCCAUAAACUUAAACACAGAAGAUACACAAAUACAUAUGUUUGACUUUUGUCCGCCGCAGACAUGAGUUGGCAAAUUGUGUGGACAGACGACGCCAAUAUGCAACAAAAUUUAAAUCAACUGUAACUCUAGCUGCUUCCUGGCUUAAUUAAUGAGAGUGACUUGUGGUAUAUGGCCAAGGAUUCCAACAAAUCAUUCUGCACCAUACACACACACACACAGAACACACACACACAGAGAUUGUUUGCCAACACUUAGCCAGUGGAUUUUCUGUAUUUAUUACAUUAUAAUACAUACAAAUGACAGACUGUCGCCGACACAAUGAUUUGGCGAAGCAAAACAGAACAGAAACUGCUCUGAAACAAAGGAAAAUCACGCAACCCAACUGUCAUGUCGUAGCAAUAAUUGAAAAGUCGCCACUGCCGAUGGCCCGGCCAUGACAAUCAUCAAUCAUUUAGGUGUGUUACUUCCUGCUCCUGCUCCUGCUGCUGCUCCAUUUGCUGGCCCUGCUGUUGCGUGAUGUUUGGCUGCCAUCCAUCCCCCUGGGUGGGGCCGGAACUCACACAAUAUGCAUACAGACAUUUGCUACAUAGACUUCUAAGCAAAACAGGACACACA